AUGACAGACCCAGUACCGCAGUUUGAGUUUCCAAAGAUUUACUCAUUCCCACCAUUUUACACACAACAGCCCAAUACUACUGUCUUGAACCAACAGCUAGAUUCAUGGAUAUCAAUAAUAUUGCAUUAUUGCGAGUACUAUAGGAUCACGUUAUUGUCAAUUGAAGGAAUACCCAAGCACUCGCAAUUAGAGAUUCCCCUUUCACUGCUUUCUUCGAUAUUUAUCAACAAAACCAUAAAUCGUCAAGUCAAUUCAGAUUUCCAAAAACUAAUAAUAAAACAUCUAAUUCACAAUAAAAAAGCAGAAUUCAUUAACCCAAAGAAGCCAGAAUUGGGUGUGUUUAUAUACUGGAGAUCAAUAGUCGAUUGGGGAGACCUAUUAUAUCAAUAUGUUGAUGAUACAGGUCAAAAAGGGACGGUUUUGACGAUUUACGAACUUACGAAAGGUGAAGAAACCACUGUGCCACAGGAUCUCCACAAUUUGGAUGAAUCUUUUCUAGUGAAAAUCAUCAAGGAUUAUUUGAUAAAACAAGGGAAAGCUCAAUUAUUGAUAGACGAGAAUAACGAUAUUGGUGGUGUGAAAAUUGUAUAG